AUGCCUCUCAGGAGAUUGGAGUUGUCCAAUUUCAAGUCCUAUCGAGGUAAACAGGUUAUUUCUUUUGGAGAUGCUCCAUUUACAUGUAUAAUCGGUCCCAAUGGAGCUGGUAAAUCCAACCUGAUGGAUGCCAUCUCCUUCGUGCUCGGUAUUAAAUCAGCUCAAUUACGAUCAACCCAGUUGAAAGAUCUCGUUUAUCGAGGAAGGAAAGCUGCUCAGGUUGAAAAUGAUGGUGAAGAAAUGGAUAUAGAUGAUGGUGAAGGUGAAACACAGCCGAGACAAAGCCAAGUCGGUUCGGAGAAUGAUGCUAGAACAGCUUGGGUUAUGGUGGUUUACGAGGAUGAAAAAGGAAAAGAAUGGUCAUUUAGAAGAAGUAUAUCUGCUGCUGGAGCAUCAUCUUACUUCCUCAAUGGAGAAUCUGUAGCAUGGAAAGAAUAUAAUGGUCAACUAGAGAAAUUCAAUAUCUUAGUCAAGGCUAAGAAUUUCCUGGUCUUUCAAGGUGAUGUAGAAGGAGUUGCGAGUCAGGAUAGUAAAGCAUUAGCUCGACUCAUUGACAGAAUCAGCGGCUCUCUCGACCUCGCUCCUGCAUACGAGGCUGCGAAAGCCGCCCAGGAUAAAGCCACGGAAGCUUCGACUGCGAACUAUGCUAAAAAGAGAAGCAUCAUCACUGAGGUCAAGCAUUUCAAGGAACAAAAGGAGGAGAUCAUGCAAUGGGAGAAGUUGCGAGAUGCUAAGGACGCCCUUGUUCAACGACAUGCUCUGUGGAGACUUUAUCAUCUCACCAACGAGAUCAAUGAAUCUACUCGGAAGGUUGAAGAAGCCAGCGACAAGCUUGCUGAUCUUCGACAAUCGACAGAGCGAGACGAAAAGAAACUUCGUGAUGCCAAGAAAGAACAGGCGCAAGCUCAGCUAAAGGUCAAGAAGCGAGAAGCUGAUGUUAAGAAAGCUGAAAAGGCCUAUGAGGAUAAGAAACCUGAACUUCUCGCGAUCGAAACUCAAAUUGCUCACUCGGAGAAGAAAAUUCGUAAUGCGAACCUCCUUGCCGAACGAGUACAAAAAGAUGAGCAGAGACAAUCUGAGGCUCUUGCCACUCUGGAGCAAGGUGCACAAGAUGUACAACACCGUAUGGAAGAAGCUGGAGAGAGACAAAGACAACGAAGUCAAGCUGCCGGCAUCACCCUCUCUGGUGCUGAUUUAGAGGAAUAUCGAAGAUUACGAGCUUCUGCGAAUCUGCAAGCUGUAGCUGAGCGACAACAGCUAGAAACUCUUCGUAGACAGCAAAAGACCUUACAAGAUGGACUUUCCUCGGUCGAAGAUAGGCUUCAACAGGCUCAAAGGCUCCGUAACAAGCUCACGAGCGAAAUUGAUUCUUUGACAGAUCGAGAAGGAACUAUGUCGGAGAAGGUUGAAGAGAUGAGUGAAGAGAGAGAAAGAAUUCAAGGUCAACUUGACCACGCUCAGUCCGAAAGGCAAAGGAUCAGCAUGCGAGAGACGGAAAUCAACGAAAGAUUACAAGAGACCUACAAUAAUCUGUUACAAGCCGGUGCGGACAAACGAGAGAACGAACGUGAGACCAAACUCAAAGAAACUAUCGCUAGUCUCAAGAGGGUCUUCCCCGGUGUUCAUGGUCGAGUGAUCGAUCUAUGUCGACCGGUAGCUUCGAAAUAUGAUACUGCAGUCACUACUGUACUAGGUAGAAAUCUCGACGCGGUAGUUGUUGAGCAUGAGAAAGUCGCCAUUGAUUGUAUAGAGGUAAGACCUGUACAGGAGCGACUGCGAAACUUUGUCAAAGGAGCUAGACUCGCCAUCGAUUGUAUCGAGUACAAUCCGAAUGUCGAGAGAGCUAUUCAACAUGCGUGUGGUAGUGCUCUCAUUUGUGAUACAAUGGAAAUAGCAAAAUAUGUCUGUUAUGAUAAAGGUCAGGAAGUCAAGGCUGUCACUCUCGAAGGAACCGUUAUUCACCGAAGUGGUUUGAUCACUGGUGGUCAAAGUUCUGGCGCUGCAAGAAAGUUCGACGAUCGACAGAUAGAAGGUGAACAGAAAGAGCUCUAUCUCUCUCAGCUACAGGAACUUUACCGUUCAAAGCCUAAGGACAAAGCGGACGAAGGACUCCUUGAAAGUUUGGCACGUCUUGAUGCCGAAUUGACCGUGGCCAAGGACGAUUUGGCCGCUACUCGUACUCGUCUUAAUGGCCUGCGUGAGGAAUUGGAACAUGCCAACUCGACUAUCAGCAGACUCAAUCCCGAUUUGCAACGUCGUCAACGAGACGUCAAUGACUCUCAGAACAGACGUCAGGAGCUACUCGAGACCAUCAAUGCCGCCGAUGAUGAAGUGUUUGGUGACUUCUGCGAGCGAAUCGGAGUAGCCAAUAUCAGAGAGUAUGAGGAUGUGCAGUUGAAGAUUGCCAAAGAGGCCAAUGAAGCUAUGGAAGGUUUUGCUGCUCAGCAAGCUAGAAUCAUACAUCAGAUUGACUUCGAAACGACUCAACUCAAUAAUACUCGAGAGAGACUCGCAGGUCUGCAAUCGACCAUUAGCAGAGAAGAGCGGAAUAUGACCGACCUUCAAGCCAAUCUUCAAGGUAUUCAGAACACUCUUGCUGAUCUUCAACAGAAAAUUGACGAACAACGAGAAAAGCUCAAUUCGGCUAACGAAGCUUAUGAGCAAAUCAUUGGUCGAGUGGAAGCUGCCCGAGAUACUGCUCGAAGAACACAACGUACGCUUGAUAAAGCUCUGAAAGAGAUUGCAAGUUGGAACGAUGAGAUUGAAAGAUCGGGAUCGGAAAGAUAUGCAAUUUACAGAAGAUGCCGAUUGGAGGAGAUUGAUUUACCCCUUUUGAGUGGUUCUUUGGAUAAAGUACCUCUUGAUCUACCUGCACAAGAUGAUGAUAAAGAUAAGAUGGAUAUUGAUGAUACGCAAGGACCUGCGGAGACGGACGAUUAUGGUAUUGAACCUGACUUUGAUAAUUUAGAAGAUGAAGAUAAAGAGGAUAAAUCAGAAGAAGUUGGAAGAGAGUUUGAAGCUCAGAUCACCAAGUUGAAAGCUGAUUUAGAAAGGGUCGUACCGAAUAUGAAAGCUAUAGAUAGAUUGAAAGAUGUUGAAGCUGGAUUGGAAGAAGCUGAAGAAGAAGCUGAAGAAACUAGAAGAGAAAGCAAGAAAGCUAAAGAUGAAUUCCAGUCGCUUAAGAAGAGAAGAUGCGAUCUGUUCAACAAAGCUUUCACUCAUAUGUCAGAGAAUAUCGAUAAGAUCUAUAAAGAUUUGACGAAGACCACAACCCAAGUGGGAGGUACAGCGUGGUUCACCCUUGAAGAUGCUGAGGAACCGUAUCUGAGUGGUGUCAACUAUAAUACAAUGCCUCCCGGAAAGCGGUUCGCCGAGAUGGAACAGUUAUCAGGAGGAGAGAAAACUAUGGCUGCUUUAGCUCUUCUUUUCGCCAUUCAUAGUUAUCACCCUGCACCAUUCUUUGUACUGGACGAAGUGGAUGCUGCAUUAGAUGCUACCAACGUAUCGAAGCUUGCUAGAUACGUUAGGAACCAGGCUGAUAAAGAGGUACAAUUCCUGAUCAUCUCUUUGAAGAGUACUUUGUAUGAACGUGCAGAUGGAUUGGUAGGAGUUUAUAGAGAACAGGAAGAGAAUAGUUCGAGGACUUUGACAUUGGAUUUAAGAAAGAUAGGUACGCAAAAUGUAUUUUAG